CACCUCCGGAAAAGGGAGCCACGCGGCUGUGCUGGCAGGACCGCAGUGCCACCUCUCUGGAGAAAGCCCUCACGCCCGCGCUCGCAUGCACGUGCACAUCCGCCGGCAGGGAGAGUGAGAGCCAGAGCUUUUCAGCGCAGGGCACCUUAAAGCGAUGGCAUCUGCCCUGAACAGCAAAAUCCACCCGCCAGGAACCUGCACGAGCUCUAAAGCCGACGCCCGCGCUGGCUCUGGCUGGAGAAUGGACUGUGAUCCCGAGAUGCACGUGAAAAUGUGCAAGAAAAUUGCUCAGCUCACCAAGGUGAUUUAUGCCCUGAAUACCCGCCAGGAUGAGGCAGAGGCCAGUGCUGAGUCACUACGAGAAGCCCACCAGGAGGAGCUCCAGGACACAGUGGCUGAAACCAGGACCAGGCUCCUGCAGGAACAGGGCUACACCAGUGAAGAUGCAGAGACCCUUCUCAAGCGCAUCCAGACCCUUGAGAGUGCCUUGGAGCUGCAGAAGAGGCUGACACAGGAGGCCCUGGCUGAGUCAGCCUCCUGUAAGUUAGAAACCAAAGAAAGAGAGCUGCGGGUGGAGGCCGAGCAUGCCGAACGGGUCCUAAUACUUUCCAAGGAGAUGCUGGAGCUCAAGGCUGAUUAUGAGAAGAGGCUCCAACUGCUGACUAGCCACGAGGGCCCGCAGUGGGGCCAGCUAUCCCAGGAGAGCCCCGAUGCCACAGCAGAGUCUGGCCAGCGACCGGAGAUGCACCAGGUCCUGCUGGAAGUGGAGCGAUUGCGAGCAGAAAACCAGCAGCUGAGCCAGGAUUAUGCCCGCAAAGCAGAGGAGCUACAGGCCACCUAUGAGCGCGAAAAUGAGGCCAUCCGGCAGGCCAUGCAGCAGUCAGUCAGCGAGGCCCUGUGGCAGUGGCAGGAGAAAGAGUCAGGCCUUCGAAAGAACUUCCAGGUCCAGGAGUCUGCCCUGCAGGCUCAGGUCAGGAAGCUGGAAGGGGACCUGGAACACAGAGGGCGCAAGAUAAGUGACCUGAAGAAGUAUGCCCAGAAGCUGAAAGAAAGGAUCCAGGACCUCGAUGUGCAGCUGAGGGAGGCUCGGCGGGAGAAUUCCGAGUUGAAGAGCACUGCAAGAAAACUCGGCGAGAAGUUGGCUAUUGCCAAAGACAGAUUGAUGCUACAGGAGUGUCCUGUGACAGGGAAAGCUGAUGAUGUGAAGACUGAAAGUGAAGUCCUGAGGAAAACAAAUGACCUGGAAGCCUGCAAGCUUCAUCCUCAGCAGGUCCAAGGCUUUCCCAAGUUGUGUCACUGCAAUAAAAGAGGCUCAGAAACCCAGAUUGAGAAAGAAGCAAGUGGUGAGCUAGAACGAAUGAAGCAGAAAUAUGAAGAAGAUCUUCGUAAAGUCAGACAUCAGACUGAGGAGGAGAAGCAGCAGCUCCGAGAGCAGCUGGGGAAGCGCCUUGAAGAGCUGGUGAAGAAACACACCGUGGAAAUGAAGUCGGUGCGCUCUUCUGUGGAAGUGGACAGAAAGAAGCUGAAGGAAGUGGAAGCUCAAUUGGAAGAGGUAAAGACAAAAUCAGAAAGGGAAAUAAAGCAACUGGAAGAUGAGAAAGCUGCCCUCAGUGUGAAGCUUCAGAAUUCUCUACUGGAGGAUCCAUGCUCAGUGCCAAAGGAACCUUCCCAGACACUGCCCAGAGAGGAGCACCCGGAGAAGCUGACAGCUGAAGAAGGAACCAGCAGCGAUGAAGAAAAAGGGAUUGAAGAACCCCUCAAGGACGGAAGUGACCUACAACCUCCACUGGGCUCUGUGCUAAAAGAGAAGGCAAUAGAGACUGAAUAUCGACCAGAGGACUGGCAAAGCCAAAAGGCCAAACUACAAACCCAGGCCACAGAGGAGCUAUUGAAGGAGGAGUCCAGUCACAGCCUCCAGAUCCAACACCAGGCACACCUGCCCGAGCUCCAGGUCCUAGAGGAGGCCAGACAGGAGUUGCGAGAGGAACAUGAGCAGACACAAGCCCAGCAACUUCUGCUGCUUGAGUCCCUGAGGCAGGAGCUGACAGAGCAGCGAGCGGCCUGCUCUGAGCAUCAGAAGGCCCUGGAGCUGCUACAGAAUGAGCAAAGGGUCCUGGGCCCCCUGGGGAAGUGGCAGGCCAUCAAUCCGUGUUCUGGGAAUGGCACAGACCACACCUUUAUUACAGAGGAUGUGGGUGUUACAGGGCCUCCUGGUUCUGUGCCCUGUGCUGCAGAGAAAGGGCUCCUGGAGGAGAAUGCUCAGCUCCAAGACACUGUGCUACGCCUGCGUGCAGAGGUGGAGCAGCACCUGCAGGAGGCGCUGCAGCUGCGUGAACAGCACCGGUUGCUAGAGGAGGACCAGAAAGCUCAGAGAGCCAUGGAGGUGGAGGCACUCCACCAGGAGCACCGGAAGGAGAUGCAGGCCAUGGUGGCAGAUUUCAGUGGUGCCCAGGCCCGGCUCCAGGCCAGGCUGGCUGCUCUGGAAGCUGAGCUGAAAGAUUCUGGAGAGAAGCCGGGGAAAGGAACUUCACGACCCGAGGACCUGCAGCUCAUAGGCCGCCUGCAGACACGCCUGAAGGAGAGAGAAGACAUCAUCAGGCAGCUCACGGAAGAGAGAAGAUUUCACUACGCAGCAUUCCCCAGUGCAAUGUCCCAUCGGAAUCGGUCCUUUUCUUUCAAUCCUCACCCGGGAUACUUGACCCCUUCCAUGAAGAAAAAGAAGAUGGAGGAAGUGCCCAGCCGAGUGGUCAGCGUGCCAAACCUUGCCUCCUAUGCAAAGAACCUUCUGAGUGGAGAUCUGAGCUCCAGGAUCAAUGCCCCUCCCAUAACAAAGUCACCCAGCCUGGACCCAAGCCCCAGCUGUGGCCAGCCUUACAAACCCACCCAGUUACUCGAUGGGAAAACUGCCACAAGGGCACAAGAUGGAGAACCAAGCCAAGCCAAAGAGGCCCCACAGAAGCAAGGCUCUCCGCAUCAGGAGUGGUUUACCAAGUACUUUUCAUUCUAAACUAGUCCUUGGGAUCUGUUCCAAGGAGUACAUUGGGAUCAUUUCAACCAUCUGAAGGAGUGAAUUAAAAUCACCCAACCUGGUAACUAUCUGAUAGUGACUUACAUGUGAUAGAUAGCUAAACAAAGUGUGGCACUAACAUUCCAGUUUCAUUGUGACACCUGCCUCAUUUACAGUUCUUAUAGUUAAGGCUGAAACAAGCCGGUUAUUCAAAAGUAUCCCUUGGAAAAUGCUAUUAAUCUCUGAUGACCAAAUUACCCAUUGUAUUUCUAGUGCUUGUAAUGUCACACUCCACUUGGUAGAAUAUCAGACUUUGACUGCCAUAUUCUGCUUCAAAAGUAUUCUCAUUUUUUCUUGGUCAUCUCCACUCAAAUAAUUAUGCUAUAUAGUUCCACAUAUAUAAAACGAUAAUUUGAAAAGGCACAUCUAACCUCAGUAUGAAGAGGAAUAAAACAAAGCCAAUGAAGAAAAAACAAACUAAAAGCAUCAAACCUACCAGGAAUGGACUGCAGCAUGCUUAGACUGCAUGUUUUGACCUCCAAGGUCUAGCAUGGGCCGCAAACUUCAGAGGGACAACAUCUACCUCAAAAGGGACUUUUCAAGAUUAAGCAGCCUGAACUAGAAUGCUCAGUGAACAACCUUGCUUCACCUGCCACACAUCUCAGCUUCAGUGACCAUUGUGCAACAGUCUUUUGUGAAGGAUUCUAGACUGUCUGUUCUCUAUGUCAGACUUUGCUGGACCCCUGUCCUUUGCAUCUGGAUCUCCUGCCUCAGUUAUAUGACUUCCCCACUGCAUGGACUCCCAGGAGAGCAGGGAACUGCCCAUGGUGCUGAACUUGCACUCUGUCUUAACCCUCUGACAGAGCAGAUCUGACACCACUUUUAGUGGGUAGAUUUUUUUUUUCUCUCUGGUGCUGGCCCAGCAAGUGGCUUAUCAACAGAUGUCAAUUCUAUGCAUUGUCAAAUAUUUGCUCUUUCAAUAAAAUUCUAAACUGGGCAAUA